AUGACCAACUUGCAGUGCAGCGAUGAGACAUUCCCCUGCGAUUACGGGGCUCUGGCGUUUGACUGUUACUCGUCUUCUUAUGAGGUCCCCGAUGCACCUUACGGUCGUCCAAAAAACACGUUGGAAUCAGUCACCGUCUCUCCAUUCUUCCUUCCGCGCGUGAAGUGCGACCUCGACAACCUCGGGCAUUGUCGCAAGCAGAUCUGGGAAGUCUUACGUCCAUACAAGCGGAUCGUUGAUCACGCGGAUUAUUGA